AUGGGACAUCGUAUACAAUUUGCCUCUGAAGGCAGUGAUGGUGGUCGUGUGCCACCACGAGGAGCUGGUGCCGUUACCGGUGUCGUUGCAGGUGCUGUUGCAGGGGUAGUUGCAGCUGCGGCUCGGGGAAGGCCUAGUGGCGUUAUGGAAGGCCCAGUGCGUGGCACGUUGGUAGCCGAUCGCACAGUUGGCGUUGGAGUCAUUGGCAUUAAUAUGAAUAUGGAUACGCCAAUGACUCCAACGCCAACUGUGCGAUCGGCUACCAACGUGCCACGCACUGGGCCUUCCAUAACGCCACUAGGCCUUCCCCGAGCCGCAGCUGCAACUACCCCUGCAACAGCACCUGCAACGACACCGGUAACGGCACCAGCUCCUCGUGGUGGCACACGACCACCAUCACUGCCUUCAGAGGUAUGCGACCGUGCUGUGCCAAAUUUGCAGCAGACCACAUCACACGCUACUUCAUCGCAGCUCGAGGCGCGACGUCGGUCGGCCACCUACCCUUCGAAGCCUCGCAACAAGACCUCAACUCGUGCGGUACACCCGUGGAAUGGAACCGCAACAACCUCGUUCCACGGGUCUGAACAGCGAUGUAGCAACGCUACAACAGCUGCAGCGACUACUAGGCUAAUCAUUUGCCUAGGGGGCUGGGAUGGCUAA